AUGAAAAAAGCCGGCCUAUCCAAAUUCAUGGAAGGAAAUGUAAACUGUCUUCAAUCAGAGUUAACGUUGGAUGCACAAGCCGAUCUUUUACCAUAUGAUAAGACUUAUGAAUUUCCACGCGAUAAGAUAGAACUUGGUAGGGUAAUUGGCAGUGGAGCCUUUGGUAAGGUGUAUCUUUCAUCGGCUGAAGGUAUUCUUUCACAAGGCGAAAAGACGGACGUCGCUAUUAAAAUGGCCGAAAAUAUUGCUGAUAAUGAGAUGAUGAAGGCUUUAAUCUCGGAACUCAAAAUAAUGAUAUAUUUAGGAAAGCAUUUGAAUGUGCUAAAUUUGCUUGGAGCGGUGACCAAAAACAUUUCGAAACGUGAACUCUUGAUCAUCGUCGAGUUUUGUCCAUUUGGAAACGUUCAAAGCUUUCUAACGAAACAUCGACGAUAUUUUGUGAAUCAAAUCGUACAUCAAACUGAUGAAAUUGAUCCAAAAAUAACAUCAAAUACUGGCUCUUCCAAUAACUUGACAUUUAACUCACUGAAAAGAAAUAAUCUGGAUGGCAGUUCCUUCUUGGACAGUUUGGAGAAAGCAUUAAAUUCAGCUUCACCUCUAGUUACGCCAAAUAAAACCUCCAACAGCGGCCCGACACAAAAGGAGGACUCAGUACAAGCACCACUACGUUCCGUGACAACGACCGAUUUGCUAAUUUGGUCGUUCCAAAUUGCGCGCGGAAUGCAAUAUUUAGCGUCUCGAAAGGUGUUGCAUGGAGAUUUGGCGGCACGCAAUAUUCUACUUUGCGAAGGAAAUGUGGUGAAAAUUUGCGAUUUCGGUUUGGCACGAUCGAUGUACAACAAAGAUUGCUAUCGCAAAAAUCGAGACAAAGAGGCUCUUCUUCCCUUGAAAUGGCUUGCACUGGAGUCAAUCAAUGAUUUUGUAUUCAGUUCAUACUCCGAUGUUUGGUCAUUUGGCGUGGUUCUAUGGGAGUUAUUUUCAUUGGGCGCCACACCCUAUCCGGACAUCAAUCCAAAAAUUGGACUGAAGAAACUAUUGAACGAUGGUUAUCGAAUGGAAAAACCGGAAUUUGCUACACAAGCUAUUUAUGAUAUAAUGCUAUCCUGUUGGUGCGUUCAACCAGAGAAACGUCCGCUUUUUAACAAAUUAGAGAGCAAUAUUUCGAAGCUAUUGGGAGAAACAGUGUCGGAACAUUAUGUCGACUUGAAUGAUCCAUAUGUUCAAGCAAAUGCCAGCCGAUUUAAUUCGGGCAAAACCGAUUAUUUUGCAUUGCUCGGCACACCGGAUUGUGAAGCACCAUGUGUUCCAAUUCGCGUUUUGCAUGAAAAAUACUUUCCGUUUUUGACGGAUCUUCUGGAUGGCACCCCAACAGCAACAAACAAUCUUUAUGUGGCAGCCAAUACAUCGAAGUCGACCAAUAAAUAUCAAAAUGACCAUGAUAAUCGACAAUUUAGCACAUUUAAGAGAAAUAAUUUACAUUAGGCGAAUAAUGGUGGAACCAUACAUGGGUACGAUCGAAAAGUUAAAAGAGAGCUUUUCAUUCGACUUGGAUGGAACUUAAUACCGGGGAGAGCUUCUCUCACAUCCGAAUAUCACUUGCGUUGUAUGUUGACAAUGUAUUUGAACGCGACUCGAUUUAAGAAGCGCCAUCUCUGUCACGCCAGGUUCUCAUAUAAUUUUUUCUUGCAAAUAAAAUUGCAAAAUUG